GUAUCGAAAGGUCUCAAUGUUUUUUUUUAGCAAGCGUACCGCUUUAAAAAAAUAAAUCGUAAUUUUUGUGUAAUUUAACGUUAUAAAGUCACCAAUUGUUUGGCCCUCGAGCCACUUCUACUGUAAUCAUGUCCACAUGCAUCGAAAUUCCUCUGCAGGACACAGAUGAGGUCAUCGAAGUGGACCCGGAUCAACUGCCCGAAUGCUCUGAAGUGUUUAGCAUAUUGCUGCAGGAACGUGCUCCUUUGCACGUCUGGGUCAAUGUGGCGUUGGCAUACUACAAGCAGAAGAAGACGGAUGACUUCAUUAUGCUGCUGGAAGCAGCUCGUGAUAAGGGCACCACUGACUAUCGUGACUAUAAAACGGAUCAAAUGCGCGCCUAUGAUAUGCUGGCCGCCCAUUAUGUACAGGAAGCAUAUAGAGAGAAGUCCAAGGAUAAGAAGCGCGAGCUUUUCAUGAAGGCCACCAAUUUAUAUACGAAUGCUGACAAAAUCAUUAUGUACGAUCAAAGCCAUUUACUGGGACGUGCCUACUUCUGUCUGCUCGAGGGUGAUAAAAUGGAUCAGGCUGAUGCGCAAUUUAACUUCGUGCUUAAUCAAUCGCCUUCAAAUAUACCAUCUCUUCUGGGUAAGGCUUGCAUUGCAUUCAAUCGCAAGGACUAUCGCGGUGCCAUGGCAUUCUACAAGAAGGCAUUGCGCACGAAUCCCAAUUGUCCGGCAAACGUGCGAAUUGGCAUGGCGCACUGCUUCCUCAAGAUGGGCAAUGCCGAAAAAGCCAAAUUAGCCUUUGAGCGAGCCCUGCAACUGGACCAGCAAUGCGUAGGCGCUCUGAUUGGCCUGGCUGUGCUCAAGCUCAAUCAACUGGAGCCGGAGUCCAAUAAGCUGGGCGUGCAAAUGCUCUCCAAGGCUUACACCAUCGACAAUGCCAAUCCAAUGGUUCUGAAUCAUUUGGCCAAUCAUUUCUUUUUCAAGAAAGACUACCAAAAGGUUCAUCAUUUGGCUUUGCACGCCUUCCAUAAUACCGAAAAUGAAGCGAUGCGAGCCGAGAGCUGCUAUCAGCUAGCCAGGAGCUUCCAUGCCCAAAGCGAUUAUGACCAGGCCUUCCAAUACUACUAUCAAUCCACGCAGAUUGCGCCAGCUAACUUUGUGCUUCCGCACUACGGACUUGGUCAGAUGUAUAUCUAUCGCGGAGAUACAGAAAACGCAGCGCAAUGCUUUGAGAAAGUGCUGAAGAUUCAGCCGGGUAACUACGAGACCAUGAAAAUCCUCGGCUCACUGUAUGCGCACUCCAAUUCGCAGACCAAGCGUGAUAUGGCCAAGACACACUUGAAGAAGGUUACCGAACAGUUUCCAGAGGACAUUGAAGCGUGGAUAGAGUUGGCGCAGAUAUUAGAGCAAAAUGAUUUGCAGGCCUCAUUGAAUGCCUAUGGUACUGCCUCCAGUAUUUUGCGUGACAAAGCCAAAUAUGAGAUUCCGGCAGAAAUACAGAAUAAUGUCGCCUCACUGCAUUAUCGUCUGGGAAAUCUGAAAUUAGCCAAGGACACGCUGGAGUCCGCGCUGCAGCAUGCUAGCUCCGAGAUGGACAAGGAUGUCAAAUACUACGAGUCCAUACAGGUCACCAUGAAAUAUAAUCUGGCCCGCUUGAACGAGGCGAUGAGCAGCUUCGAUGUAGCCGAUAAGCUGUACAAGGAGAUACUCAAGGAGCAUCCCAACUAUAUUGAUUGCUAUCUGCGGCUGGGCUGCAUGGCGCGUGAUAAAGGCCUUAUCUUUGUCGCAUCGGAUUUCUUCAAAGAUGCACUUAAUAUUAACAACGAUAACCCAGAUGCUAGGUCGCUGCUUGGCAAUUUGCAUUUAGCGAAAAUGCAAUUCGCUUUGGGUCAAAAGAAUUUUGAGACUAUACUCAAGAAUCCGGCAACAGCUUCAGAUGCCUACUCCCUGAUUGCUCUGGGAAACUUCUCGCUGCAGACAUUGCAUCAGCCAAGUCGCGACAAGGAAAAAGAACGCAAGCAUCAGGAGAAGGCGCUGGCUAUAUUCAAGCAGGUGCUGCGUACGGAUCCUCGCAACAUUUGGGCUACCAAUGGCAUUGGGGCCGUACUCGCCCACAAGGGUUGCGUCAUCGAGGCGCGCGACAUUUUUGCUCAGGUGCGCGAGGCCACCGCUGACUUUUGUGAUGUGUGGCUAAACAUUGCCCAUGUCUACGUCGAACAGAAGCAAUAUAUUAGCGCCAUACAGAUGUACGAGAAUUGUAUGAAGAAGUUCUACAAACACAACAAUGUCGAAGUGAUGCAGUACCUCGCACGCGCCUAUCUCCGUGCCAAUAAGCUGGUGGAGGCCAAGGCUGUGCUGCUGAAGGCUCGUCGUGUGGCACCCCAGGACACUGUAUUGCUGUUUAAUAUAGCUGUAGUGCUAUCCCGACUGGCCAUGGCCAUACUCAAGGAUGAAAAGUCCACGCUAGAGGUGGUUCUGCAAGCGGUGCAUGAACUGGAACUGGCGCACAAAUACUUCCAAUACUUGUCCGUGCAUGGAGACAAGACACGCUUCAAUAUAGAGGUAGCCGGCGUUGAGGCCAACACAUGUCAAGAUCUGCUGUCACAGGCGCAAUAUCAUGUGGGACGCGCACGUCGCAUUGAUGAAGAGGAUCGUACAUUGCGACGCCGCCAAGAGGAGGAACGAGAAGCCUUCAAGUUGAAGAUACUGGAGCAGCGCAAGCGACGCGAAGAGGAGGCUAAAACAUCGCGCGAUCAGCUGUUGGCCAAACGACAAGAGUACGUGGAAAAGACCAAGAAUUUGCUCAUCAUUGCCGACGCACCUCCCGAAAAGGAGCGCAAGAAGGGCAGCGGCCGACCGCGCAAGGAUGAUUACAUCUCAGGCACGGACAGCGGGGAUGGUGUGCAACGCGAAGACCGGACCAACAAGAAAAGGAGCAAGGGUGAGCGCAAGAAGGGCAGCGGACGCAAGCGCAAAACUGAAAAGUAUGAAAGCGAUAGCGAGGAGGAAUCUGCUGGUGGUGGCGGUCGCGGCGACAAAAAGCAGAAGAAGAAGAAACUGCAGCAGAAGAACGCCAAGGAUGUCAAGGAGAAACUGUCUGCCAAACAGCGUCUCAAAAUUGUCUCUAAGGAGACAAUAUCGACUAGCGAAUCAGAGAGCGAUGGCAAGCGCAGUCGCAGUAGGAGCAGAAACCGCAGCCGUAGCAAAUCAGGCAGUCGCAGUGGCAGCCGGUCGGGCAGUGGCACUGGUAGCGGCAGCGAUCACAGCCGCAGCAGAAGCCGCAAGAGCGGCACUCGCAGUCGCAGCGGCAGCCGCUCUGGUAGCGGUAGUGGCAGCGAUCGUGGACAGAAGCGCAACAGGAGUCGCAGUGGCAGCGAGAGCGAUGGCGUUGCACAGCGCAAGCGGGCCAAGAAUCGCAUUGAGUCUGGCGGGGAAUCGGACAAAUCACGAUCACCUUCCCGUUCACGCUCACGGUCACGAUCACGUUCGCACUCAAAAUCUGUUUCGCGUUCGCGUUCGAAGUCUGCAAAUCGUUCGCGUUCCCGCUCAGGCAGUCGAUCAAAAUCCAAAUCUAAAUCAAAGUCUCCAUCCGGCUCACGUUCUCCUUCACGUUCACGCUCUCACUCCAAGUCAAAAUCGCGCUCUCGUUCUCGUGCUGGUAGCGGUUCCCGAUCGCCUUCACGCAGCCGCUCCCGAUCUCGUUCCGGAUCAGCGGCCAGCAAUUGAUUGUAAAAUACACAUGCAACUUCACCUCCACAUUGAGUAAAUCAUCAAAGCUCGUAUCUUAAACGUAAUUCUUGAUUAUAACUAGGACGCAAAAUAAAAAUUGUGCUACAACUAAACAAGAUCUCUCUUAUAC